AUGGCUAAGAAGUCUCAGAAGGCGCAGAAGGGCACGGGAACCCGAGUGCAAAACCAUCUUCACGCAAGGAUUGCAUAUCUAUACAAGGCCACAAACUACUUGCAGACUGCUACCGAUACCAUGCGCGAAGAAGUAGCUAGCGAUACCAGCCCUCUGCCUGAGCGUGACGCUCUAAAGGGAUCUCACACCGGAGUCAGCAAUGAGAAGGGACCGUUCUCAUUCAUUGCCCGUCAAUAUGGGAGCCAGCUUCGUGCAGUGUCGUUGAAAUCACAGUUACGGCUUGACCGUGAUGUCAAGCGAUCCAUAUGCAAGAGAUGCGAUUCCUUCCUGAGACCUGGCUUGACAUGCUCGGAGACAAUGGAGAACAAGAGCCGGGGGAGGAAGAAACCAUGGGCCGAUACACGAGUCGUUACAUGUGGGUUUUGUAAAACUCAGAAGAGAUAUCCUCAAGGCAUUAAUAAGAGUAUCAAGCUCGCUGCACGACAGAAACCCCAACCGCCCAAGGAAGACGAACAUCACAACCAGAGGUGA